AGAAGAAAAUACUCAGUGUUUUGUAUUUUAGUGUGCAGCUUUUUCACCGCAAAAUGUAACCGGUCUAGAUGGAAAAAUCUAUACCGCGGUCAAUAAGUUCCCAGUCCUUGUGAGACACAGCCAUAGAAUAAAUAACGAUAAAGUUGUGCCACAUCUCAAUUCAAGAAGAGGUAGCUUACAACGGUUUCAGGAAGACUGAAUGUGAUAGAUUCCAAAGGUUUAUUGUAUAAAAUCAGAAAUAUGGGAAAUAAGUGGGAUCAAUAAUCAACGGGGAGAAUAUUUUUGUAAAAACAAUUGAAUAAGUACAAACAGAAGAGAUGUAUUUAGGUCUAUUUAUGAAUCAGAUUCUGAUAAAUUGUGCUUGUUUUUGUUAAUAAAAAUGAAUAUUGCAAUGUCCGAUGAUGCCAAAUUUGUUGUCGAUACGUGCCUAUUUGUAAUAAAACAUAUCUAGAAAGAGGUAUUGAUUAAUUUGUUCAAUAGAAUGACAAACGGAGAGGAAGAAGCACCACCUCUCAACAAAGUGAUACAACAUAAUCUUUUGACAAUUAUUUAAUAUAGGGGGGUGCCCUAGGGCGGAUCUAGGGGGGCUCCUUCGAACCCCCUAAAUUAAAAAAAAAAAAUGAGAGAUCAUAUAACACGCUCACUUGGUCUCAGAAUGCCGGAAAUCCCAUUUCCGAGGACAGGAAGACUGCAUUCGGCGGUCCUUUUCUCGAACCCCACCUCCAAAAUCCUGUAUUCCACCCAGAGUGCCUCCUCUCCCGGGGCGAAAAGCUGGCUCCGCCUUUUAUAAUGGCAUGAUGCCAUUAAGAGAAGAAUGAAUGGUAAAUAUGUACGACCUGGUGAGUUACAGAGGAGGUGUAACAGAACCGACUAGAGGAGAAAGUGAUGGCCAUGCUUAUAAACCAGAAACGUAUUGCAAAAUUAUUAAUAAGUGGGGACAUCCCUAGUAUGGUGCCAUUGCGCUUUUGGUUGUCUCCUUCUCCACUGCUUUUUGUUUUUGUCUGUUUGUUUGUUUGUUUUUUCUGGUUUUUUGUUUUUGAUUAUUCAUAAUGUAUUCGUAUUGUAUGGAGUAAAUCGUAAUAAAUAAAUAAAUAAAUAAAUAAAUAAAUGAAUAAAUAAAUAUUGUGUUGAUACGCUGUGCUACGCCCAACUAUAUUCCCGCUUCCACUCUCAUAGGGACACUUACUGUAGCACAACACGACGCAUAAAUUAAGAUCUCUGCAGCUGCUGGUCAACGACGACUCCUGGAUCCAAAGCGGAAGGGCAAGCGGAAGCGAAGACUUGACCGUGACUUGAAAGCUGAAGGAGAUUUUAAAAUUAAGAAGAAAUUCUCUGCUGUAUGGCGUUGAAAAUGAAGUUUCCAUAGUGCUCGAUUGGUACGUUUACACAUCAGGCAACAGCGAGAGGUCCCACAGCGGAAUGGAGUCUGCUCAGGGAAACUGUCCCAGUGAGGCUAUCGAUACUGAGGAAUUAGUAAGGACAGUUAGGACAAUGCUGAUUCAUUCCAUAGCGCUUAAUAACCCUGUGGGGUUUACCAUGGCUCUCGAAGCUUUGGAAGAACUCAAGGUUGGCCUCAGUUGGAGUUUUCUAUCAAAGUCCAUAGUAUAUGGUGGCGAUGACUGGAACACCCCCCUCACUCUGGGUGCAAAAUUGGGUCGUGCAAGUAUGGUAACCUCUUUGCUUCGAAAAGGUGCUGAUCCAAACUUCUUUUCCAAUUGUGAAGAUAGGAGAUCAUCUGGGCGGACAGCUCUGCACGAGGCGUGUAAAUCGGGACGUCUUCAAGUUGUUGACUGUCUCCUAACGCAUGGAUGCGAUGUAAACGUCUCCGACAAAAGAGGCUGGACGCCAAUUUACGGUGCAAUUUGUCACGGUAAAACUGAUGUUGCUUUAAAACUUCUUGACAAUGGAGCAGAUCCCAGAAAAAGCUUUUCUGUAUCUUCAUCAGAUGUGAAAAAUCUAAAAGUUACUGGAAGGUCAUUCCUUAUGUUUUCUUCCAACCCUUAUAAGCUGGAGACAGUCACUCCAUCGUUGUUUACGUGGAAUGGCCUUUCUUUUGCUUCCACUUGUCAUCAGCCGCAAUUAGUGUCUAAGCUGAUUGAAGAGUACUUUCAUGGAGACGCAGAUUUCCAAAGUUCAUUUGGAAGAACUGCUCUGCACGAAGCUGUAACCCUACCAGAGGAUUUGAAUCUGAACGACGAAAUCAUCGUUCAAAACCGACAAGAAACUUUGAAAAUCUUACUAAACGCAGGAAUCAAUCCUAACAUUGCAGAUCACUUGGGGAAAACGGCACUGCAUCUUUUCUUUGACCACGUAAAUUUAGCCAAAGUUGUUGUGAAGAGGUACUCCAAGAUUGUUCCCGACACAAUUCGCCUACUGCAUGAUUACGGUGCUGAUUUGAACGCGGCGGACUUUAAAGGAAGAACCGUAACCCAUCAAGCUGCUGCCUUUGGUGACGUCGAGACAAUGCAAAUCCUGUUAGAACUUGGCGUGGUCGUUGCAAGUCUGGACAAUGACAGAAACACGCCGGCUCAUAUUGCAGCUUACCAUGGUAAUUUUGAGGUGCUGCAAUGCUUGUUGCAUUGCGUUCCACACACAGAGUUCGCAAACCGUGACGGAGACACCGUGUUGCAUGUCGCAAUAAUGACGAAUGGCAAAGAAGAUGAGCUGGUGAAAAUCGUUCAAACAUUGCAGAGAGAGCCUGGCGCAGAUAAGGUUCCGACGAACGUUUAUGGAGAAACAGCAUUUGACCUGGCCAUAAAGUUUAAGUUGGAAAAACUUUCUCGCCAACUUGCUGGCCAAGCCAAUAAGACGGAUUGGACGCCCGGUGGACCAAGGAAUGUAGAAGUCCAACGGAUUACGGAUGUGAAGGACAAUGGUGACAUCCACGGGGAAGCCGACACCAGAACUAGUGACACCGGUGCAAGGAUCCUCGACGAAGGACGUGACGGGAAGAUCAAAUCAGGUCAUGGAAGUGAUUCUGAUGAGGGUGGUGACAACGCUGGAGUUCCAGAAUUAUUGGUAGAGGACGACACGGAUGUCAAUGAGUGUUUGUUGAAACUGUGUCGCGAGUAUCGCGUGAGAAGUUUUCACAUGGAAGGAGACGGGAAAUGCCACGAGAGAUGCACUGUGGCAAAACAGACAUUGGACUUUGUCGACGAAAUUUUGAAACUUAUUGUGGAAGACGACAAAAGGUUUUACUGUGAAGUUUUACGAACUGGAAGCGCUUUUGAAGGCUACAGGAUUGGAAAGCCAGACGAAUUCGACUACAUGUGUGAACUGAAGUCUCUGUCAGAUGGCAGAUGUGAAAUUCUUGAAACUGAAGAACCGGGGUUUGUCCGUGUUCGAGUGAAGGAAGCCUGUAGAGAAGAAUGGAAGCUGUUUCUGUCCGAAGAAGGGUUUCUCGACGCCACGAAACUCAAAUGUUUUUUGGCAAAAGCGUUGUACGCGAAAUGUUGUGCGCCUGCCUCAAUCCAUAAAGCCUGGAACCUAAGUUUUAACACAACAAGCUAUGAUUCAUGUGUGUUUUGCCACCCUGUGAUUAGCACAAGCAAGGCAGGAAUAAAGAUGACUUUGUAUUGGAGAGGCACUAUUUACAAAUUCUUGCCAAUUGACAUCGAUAUUACACCUGCAAUCCAUUUUGGCAGUUGGCCCAAGUCCGCCAAAGUCCCCCCGUCCCACGUCCUGAAAGACUGUGCAGGGUUUGGAUACCACGUUGUUCCUAAGUCUGAAGGAGGAGACUCGCUGUUGUGGAGAUUGUCGUUUUCCAUCGCUGAACUGAAAAUAUUACAGAAUGUAAGUCCAGUUCAGGGAGCUUGUUACACUGCUCUUAAAAUAAUCAAAGGGCAAACCGCGUUACCAAAACGCUCACAGCUUUUUUCACACCUUGGCUACCUCCAUACUUACGUCCUGAAGAUGAAAUUCUUCGAGGAACUUGAGCGUUGCCAUGAUACAGAUUUGUGGCUCGAAAAUAAGCUGACAGACCGGAUCUGUUCCGUGUUGGAUUCCACGGCCAACCUUUUGAGCCAGAAACGACCUUCCCAGGUAGAAUCAUACUUCCUUCCGGGUCACAGUGUGAUUCGCCAGGCAGACAAACAUUUCAGCAAGUUUGUGGCAGCAUCUAUUAAAACCUCUCUUCGGAGGGUGGUACGACUGUUGCGAAAAGAAGACGAGUCAUCGCCGGAAAAUGUUGAAGACGAUGGCUUUUUCACAAUGUAUUUUGAUCAGUCAGAUUCCACUGAUUCUGAAUCAGGCGAUGAUAGUACUUUGAUUUUUCAUGAUCCUAGCACAGUUUAAAACUACUUAUAGAGCAUUAGAGGAGAUGUAUUGAAUUAGAGUUUUUGUGCUGUCACUUUUUUUGAAUCAGACGACGGGGAAGCCAUGACUUUAAGUUUAUUGUACCGAAAGGACACAAGGAUAUAUUUAGAUUUUCUUCCUUUCCAAGGACAAUAGCUGAAUGGAACAAACUCCCGAAAGAAACUGUUACCAGUCAAUCUCUCUCUAUUUUUAAAAGUAAACUUUGUUAGGUUAAUUUUAAUCGCAAUUUUUAUUAAUUUAAUUUUUAGUUUUAGUUUUUAUUAUAUAUAAUGUUUCAGAGCUGGCAUGAUGUCCUCUCGGGAUGUUGCCGACGUAAUAAUAAUAGAUUUACAUUGAGAUUGAGAUUUAGAAAUAGCUUUUGGACUUUUGUAGUGCAAUAUGUACCAUCGCGAUGCGUAGUUGUUGGCUCGCAGACCGCGAUACGUGUCUACAUGUAGUGGAAAACAACAUGAUAACGAAAGUAUUCUUGUAUUUUGUUUCUUGUUCAAUAAAAUGAUAACCGUUUCUUCUAAA